CGCUGUUUUCAAUUGUUUGGGCUCCAGCAACUGACAUUGUACAGAAGAAGGGUUGAUAAAAAUCUGUAGUACCCGAACACAUGACGCGUUUGUUUUUAAUUCAUUGUUUCAUUUUUGUUGUUAUGUGUUGUUUUUAAUGAAAGUGUUUAAAUGUAAGAUUUAUAUUACUCCGCUUCUGGCAUAACUACAUUCGCCACCUCCAUCUCUGACGGGUCAUAGGAAUAACUUCCAGCAGCCAUGGAAGUUGGCACAGUUGUGCAAGAAGAAAUGAAAUUUCGUGGAGUAGAAUUUGCUGUAAAAGUGGAAUUGCAAGAUCGAUUACUUAUAGUGGAGAUUUCUGAUGUGAUGACGGCAGACCAGUGGAGAGCAGAGUUUGAUCCUGCCUACAUUGAAGACCUCACUCGUAAAACUGGAAAUUUUAAACAGUUUCCUAUAUUCUGCAGCAUGCUCGAGUCUGCUGUUAGUAGGUCUGGCGAGUCAGUGACGCUUGACCUGCUGACCUACUCGGACCUGGAACUUCUGCGGAACAGGAAGGCAGGUGUAGUUGGCCGGCCUCGUGCCCAGCAACAGUCUCCUGCUCUCAGUGCUAAACGCUACCUCAUUCUAAUCUACACAGUGGAAUUUGACAGGAUACACUACCCUCUACCACUGCCAUAUCUUGGAAAGCCUGAUCCUGCAGCGCUUCAAAGAGAGAUCAGAGCUCUAAGGACUGAACUGAAUGCCUUGGGGAAGAGAGGAGACCACAUAGUAUCUGACCAAGAGACCCGCAGACUACGUGCAGAGUUGGCUCUGGUCAGGGAGGAGAAGGAUGCAUUGGCCAAAGCUCUGGAGCGGCUGCAGAUGGUUGAGGCUGGCUCUGCCCCUGGGGCUCGUGGGCUCAGAGAAGCAGUGCGCAGUCUGGAGGAGCAGCUGUUGAGAGAGAGAGCAAAAAGCCAGCGCUCAGCCACCAAGAGGGGACAGGAGCAGCGCCACCUCAUGGAACAGUUGGAGGAGCUUAGAGCCUCAGAGAGAGCACUUCGGAUACGUGUGAAGAGUCUGACUACUGAGUUGGCCUUGUUGCGUCGAGGCAGGAUUACUCCAGUUCUGUCAGGCCGGAGUGGGUCCAGGGGUGAAGGGGAGUUUCACAGAUCGGCCUCCAGAGAGCGCAGUUUAACUCGAGUUGGGGUGAGGGCUCGCUCAGGGUCCAGAGAGAGGGUGGAGGACAGGAGCAGGAGGUCAGAGGAGAGAGGGAGAAGGGCAGACUCUUCAGGAGCAAGGAAUUACAUAUCAAGACCCUCUCCAUCUCCAACAGGGUCUCGGGGGCGGUUUGACCCAACAGCAUACAUUCAAGAGAGACAACGACGCCAAAGAGAAGCAGAACUGAAGAACUUGGGCCUUUCUGUGAGCAGGAAUAUGGUUUUCAUUGAAAGCCAAAGGAAGGUCAGGAGGGACAUGCUGCCAUCACCGGCUCUGAAUGAAAGGGGCCGUUCGCGGUCCAGAGAGCCAAUCCCUCAGCUGAUCAGAGGGGGGAGCGCGGGUCGGGGCAGGAGUCUAUCUGUCGAGAGCAGAAGGAGUCGUCACUCUUCUGAAAGCUCGAUUGUUGACUUUGAAGAACUUGCUAAGCCCCUGAAUAGCAGAGGCAGAAAACUGGUUUAUAAUGGUCCGAGUAUGACCAGAGGAAAACACUUGAACAAAAAGCCAAUGUGUAGCACUCCAACACAAAGAGUGAGGGAAAGUUCCAUGGACACAGGAGCUGACCUGUCAGAGAUUGAUGCUCGACUCCAGGCCCUGCAGGAAUACAUGAGAGACUUGGACACAGGGCACUAACUUUACCCAGUGAUGGACUUAUUUUUUAGUUUUAUUGCACAAGCUGGUGUUGACCCUCAUCAGCACGAACAAUCAUUUCUUUUAGAACACUGCUACAGAUGCAACUGCUACAAGACAACUGUUUCAAGGUGUACAUGAUCAUUCAUAUGAGAAGAAGGCAACAUCCUUACUACUGAAUGCCAUAAAUAAUUAACGCUCUGUUAUUCCCCCCUGCUUACACUGUGAAACUUGGACUUGCGAUUCAAAAGACUGUUACUACAUCAGACUUGAAGGACUUGGGGGUGAAACAUGAAAGAGAUGGAGAUUUGAACAUGCCAUGUGUGUGAAUUAGUGGUUACCAUUAGAUACAUUUUAACAGCUAUUCGUAUAACUUUAUAGCUGUCCCAAAUUUUUACAAUUUUGAAAUUCUGAAAAUUACUUUUAUAUGAAAUUGUUCAUCCUCUGCCUUUGCAUAAUCAUAAGUGUGUAUAUAAAGUCCUCUUUUUAUUUAACUCAUUUUCUAAAAUUAUGUCCAGUUGUGGUCACAUCGGUUGAUGUAAUAUACUGUGGUUAGGUUUCAUGUUUGGUCAUUUGUUUUUAAAAUCCAUCCAGUGGAUCUAAAAACUUUUAUAUGUAAAUUCAAAUUUUUGUUUCAGCAGGCAAUUUGUUCCCAAACCUGUGGCACAUGUAUGUGUGAAGGUUCUAUCAUUUAAUGUGCUUUAAAGGACGAACAAGCAGCUUUUGUCUUGUGAUUUUCAGCCAGAAAUUACUGGUUUGCUGCUGGAUGCAUAGCUUGCCUCAGUGGAGGCACUAUAUUUACAUUGACCUCAAUUACUAACAAAAUACAAAGUAUAUCACUAUGCA